UCAAAUAGAAAACAGGCCAUUUACCUUCUAUUUUGUUUGUGACAGUAGGAAAAUAGUAGAAAGUAAAGAUUUCUGGUGAUUUAAAUAUUACAUUUAGAUUGAGAUCAAACUGGUUAUAAACACAUUUUCGGGAUCAAAGCGCGGUGGAAAAAUGGCACCUGGGAAAGGUCAACGCGGGAGGAAGAAGGUCAAGGAGGGACUUGAGAGUAGUGACGACGAAGAGUAUAGGAAGAAACGGGACAGGAACAACUUGGCUGUCAAAAGGAGCAGAGUAAAAUCUCGCCAAAGGACUCAGGAAACUCUUGAAAGAGUCGAACAUCUUAAAAGAGAAAAUGAUCAGCUUCAGGAAAAAAUCAAACUCUUGAGUCAAGAGCUUGCUUUCCUUAAGGAAAUGUUUAUUGCCCAAGCAGGUUCAUCCAGUGUCCCACAUAAUGUCAAACUUGAAACACUUUUUGCUGACAAUGAACCUAUAACAGAUACAGAUCCUGGCUUCUUCAACACUUAAAAUGGAGGAAUCCCACUUUAUUAAACUCUGUGAUAUUUUUAUGGUAAUUAACCUCAAAAAAUUAUUUGUAGUAAUAUUUUUAUUUUGACAAAAAAAA